UACCCACGGAACAUAUACCGUACACUCGUACUGUAGAGGACCGUCUAACAAUCUUCUUCGUCUUCGAGCUCGUAGACUUGGCGAUUUUCCAUUUAUUUCAUUUUACGAUCCUUUUACCAAGCACGUACAUUUCAUAUCGCAGCCUUGCAUAGUCGAGUAGUUGACCGUUCGAUUCGGGUAGAGUCCGCUGAUGCAUCGAGGCAUAUUUCACGAUGUCGGUAUUUCAGAGUCUGCGUUCGAGCGAAGGAGACACGAAAGCGAAUCGAAACGCGAAGUUAUCGUUAAACGUUCUCUGAAAGUUGUUUAACUUUUGGUUAAGUAGUUGUCAACGACUCGAUCGUUGGGUUUGAUAACGCGAAGAAUCUAACGCGAGAAAUCAAUAACCGUCGACACAGUGAACCGUAUGUAAUGAAAAUAACGGCAAGUAGUUUUCCUACGUUCCCAAACUCCGUCGUAGAAGCGAUUAGAAGUAGAAUCGUGCGAGUAACGAACAGAGGGAGUUUCGGAUGAGAAUGAGAAAACCGAGAGCAAAAGCGAAAGCGAGAGCGAGUACGCGCGUGCCUGCGUGUAGACGUUGCGCGUCGCGUCGUGUCGUGUUCGCGUUCGUGUUCGUCGGGAACUACCAGACGAAACGAACAACUCGACGAACGCGUCGAUGAAAAGCGUGUCCGGAAUGAAGUAGAAAACCGAACAAACCUUCGUCGCACGAUUCAAAGUCGCGUACACGGGAUCGAUUUAAAAGAGUGAAGUGAAACCGCGCGUACUUCCGCCGAGAAGAUUCGUCGAGUGUGCGAACCGAGAGAAGAGAAAGGGCGAACGCGGAGAAGGAAACGAGAAGAAAGGAGAGGAAGAGGAAAACGCAAGAGAUGUUGAGGUUAAACCAGAGAAGCUCGAUCCAAAGGUUUUUCAGCGACGCGUCGUUUGCGAGGGAUUACGCGAACGAUCGCGUCCACUUGUCGCGGGUGCAACGCGCGAUACUGACGGUAGGUGCCGCCGCGAUAUCUUUCGCGAAUCCGUUUCGCGGGGACAUGAUCGCGUGCCUGGGAGAAACCACCGGAUCCGAAGGCCUCGCUCAUUGCCAUCGAAGGUUGCUCUCCACCGCCGAGGGACGUCGUAUCCUCGAGCGAAAGCCACGCAUUUCCUCCUCGACGAUCGAUCUGUCCGCGCUGAAACGCUUGCCGGUGGGGACCGUCGGCAGGACCUACCGCGAAUUCUUGGACGCGAAUAACGUGUCACCCGAUUCUAGGCCGUUGGUCAGGUUCGUCGAGGAUACCGAAUUGGCGUACGUGAUGCAACGCUAUCGAGAAACGCACGAUAUUUUUCACGCGGUGCUUAUGAUGCCGACUACGAUGCUCGGCGAAGUAUCGGUCAAGUGGAUAGAAGCGUUGCAAUUGCGUUUACCGAUGUGCCUCAGCGGAGCGAUAUUCGGGGCAUAUCGGUUGCGUCCAAGGCAGAGGAAGCUGUACCUCGAGUAUCAUCUCCCAUGGGCCAUUCGAACGGGAAUCGACGCGAAGUUCUUGUUGGGCGUUUACUUCGAGGAACGCUGGGAACAGUCGCUCAAAGAUUUCCACCGAGAAAUGAAUAUCGUGCCACUGGUGGAGGAUCAACCGACGCCGGAACGGUCCGAUUAGACGCGGUACGUGCCUGGCGGAUCGUCGAUUACCGAGUUCCUACUUAGUUCGCUUUACGCUUUGCACGCUGGUCGUGUCGUCUCGGCUGUGAACGUUCAAGCAGUUUUACGGGGAUAGUAUUAACAAUAUUUAUUCGUCGUAACGUUGGAAAUAUGAAGAAUAUAAUUUUUCAUGGAAUACGAGUGUUAUUUCUAUUACAAAUUUCGAUAUCGAGUACAACCGUAAAUGGAAAGGAGAUCGUUCGAUAGACGAGAACGCGCUGCAAGAUGAUACGGUCGAUCGUCGAAUCGAAAUCAGGGAUUUUACAAAUUUGUUCGCUUGCAUACAAGUAUAUAUAUAUAUAUAUAUAUACUUAUAUUUAUAUGCACCGGUGAAUCGACAACUGUCGUUUCGAUACACGUGUCGCUUGCUCGAUGAAAUUGAUUGUCUCGCCUGGUUUAGAACGGUUCGCUCGCAAAUUCUCUAGAAAUACCGUCGCUCGAUCGAUGGGUCAGCCCCAACCUUCUUUGGAUCGAAAUGUCUGAAAAGAAACUGGUUACCGAGCGACCGAACGAUCGGCCCUGCGUGUAAAUUGUCGAGGAUACCGAUCUGCAAAGUACUUACACGCGACCCCUUCUGUCACCGAGUGCGUUCGUUUAGAAUCGAAAGGAACGCUUAGCCUAGUCGAAAGCUUAAAAAAGUAAUAGGAAACAUCGAUUGUUCGCGGAACCGAUAAUAACGUGCUUUCCUUGCACCGUCUUCUUACGAACCCGCACAGUCUUAUUCUACUUACAUGAUACUCGUAUAUCGUAGGUGUGGCGUUGUAUGGAUCACCGUUUUAGCCGACACCGAAAAACGCUCGAAAUAUGCGUCAAGUUUCACGACUGGAUGUAUCGCCGUAUCACCACCGUACAUGUAUAUUGUCGACAAAAAUAUUCAGUCCUCGAAACUAUUUGGGGAAAGGUUUUUCUCGACGAUUUCCGGCCGCGAUCACUGCUGUGCUGACGAUAAGACCAUAGCGCGUAAUGUCGCGUCCCUCGAUUACGAUAAAUCUAUUAGAUACAAUUUACAUGUAUUCCUAUAUGUAUACGUGAAGACCAAGUCCAAUAAACCUAG